GCUCAGAGCGAGGCCCCGGCUUACACGUGGUGCGGAAAAGGGAGCAAUAGUGGGCAAUUCUCUACCCCGGGGGCGAACCAACUACCCACGUUUGUUUAUCAAUGGGCGGUCAAUAGAGUGCUUAGUCAUCGGUAGUAUCACACUUCAAUUAACUUCCAAUACCUGAACCUGGAAGACCAUAAGUUCGCAUCUAAUCUCCCAGAAAAGUAAACAGAGCGUUAUCAACCAAGACAAAACGCUGAUAUGGAUUUUUGCAACGUUUUCCCUGUUCCAGAGCAAACUUUUGGAGAAGUGAAUCAGUUAGGUGGUGUAUUUGUGAAUGGACGGCCUUUACCUAACCCCAUACGUCUGAAGAUAGUGGAACUAGCUCAGUUAGGGGUGCGUCCAUGUGACAUCAGUAGGCAGUUACGGGUCUCCCAUGGAUGUGUCAGUAAGAUACUGGCCCGUUACAAGGAGACGGGAUCGAUCCUUCCUGGGGCAAUUGGCGGAAGUAAACCCAGGGUGACCACGCCAAAUGUCGUGAAGCACAUUAAACUGUACAAAGAAAAAGAUCCCGGGAUUUUCGCCUGGGAGAUUCGAGAGAAACUUCUAGCCGAUGGCGUCUGUGACAAAUACAAUGUCCCUUCUGUCAGUUCCAUCAGCAGGAUUCUCAGGAAUAAAAUCGGGAGCGCACCUUUGGGACAUUGCCUAGCUAGUCCGCCAUACCAUGACGCUAAAGGCAAUGCCGUAUCGGCCGCUGCCGCUGUCGCUGCCGCUUCAGCCCCAAUGUUUAACUCUAUCUAUCCGUAUUCCUGUGCCGCUCAAUUUCCCGCUGUUCCGACCCCACAUCAGAUGCAGUCCGCCCAGACCGGGGCACUUCCCCUGGGAGCCAAACCACCCAUGUCCUCCAUGUCCCCGUGCAUGAUGAGGGCCUGGUCUUCCCCUCAUACCAUGAACAAUAUUCUGACUUUCCACCAAAACUUACAGCAAAACUCCGGAGUUGGACCGGACGUCAUGACAAGCGUGGCUCAAAACUAUGGUCAUUGUAACUACGGUGUUCAACCGCCCAUGUUGUAUUUACAGAGCUGAGACUCACUUUACAAUGUAUCACACGGAAUAAUAUAUGUGAAGAAUUAUAGAAAACAUGUGCUGAGUUUGACUUUCAAUUCAAAAGUAUGAACGACAACCAACAAAGGAUAGUUUUGUUGGACAUAAACCCUGUGUGUAACGUCAAGGACGGGCAGAAGUCCAGAAAUAUUUCAAAAACACAAAAAGAAACACAUUUCUUCGUCGUGAACAAAUAAGGUACCAAGGUUUCGAAAUGGUGCUGUUAUCGGGGAAUAUUAUACAUCACAUUCCUGGAAACAAACGUUUUAGUGCUUAUUUCCGCGACCGCCGUCCUUCCCUGCCAAAACAGUGCCACAAGGAUUCUGUUCAGUGUGGAUAUGUUUCAGACUUCACCACCAGCUUUGUUGCUAGAAGCGGAAAUGUUGAAGAUUCAAGUGGCAUAUACUUCACAGCUUGCUGAGAUGACAACAAGCAUAAGAUGAUGGAAACAUUGAUAAUAAUUGCUCCUGCGUGUAACAGCACGGUAACUUGGUAUUUUUAAGGAAAAGACCUCUAAAUAUCGAAUUAUCGGAAUGCACGGGACAGACGGGCAUCGGAUCUUGGCCUGAAGCAUUGCAAAUAUAAGCUUUGAUGAAAUCUGCUAUUCCCACACAAAGACGGACAUUGUUUUGCGGAAGGCUUACUAAAUGUGUACGAACUCAACACUCGUCUGCCAUGAGGUUCCUACAGGGAAUGUGUUUAACUUGUUUCUUGCGCAGCCCAUGGUAUGCCCAAGCUGACGUAACAGAAACUACAGUGUUCACAAAUACAACCAUCGGGGAAUAACGUCAUGACCAUGGCCAUGUUCCCGUAUAGCAUUACAAUCAUGGAAGGACUUGAGCAUAAACACUAAUUGCGUUUAUACAAAAUUGGUGUUUUCUGAGUGAUUCAAAUACAAAGUCAGUGAAACAUCGUGCAGAAUGACAAGUUUCGUUUCACAUCUAUAAAUAUAAAUGGAAAGUUUCCGUCCUUGUAAAAUAGUGGGCUUACAUAAAAUGCAUAAUGUGUCCAGCAUUUACAAAAUCAUCAAAGAUCAAUUUAUAUACACUUAAUUUUUAAUAUGUUAAAUAUACUGCUAAUUGUUGAAUAAAAUUUGUCAUAGAAUUCGCGGGAAAGUCAUUGGGACGUGCACCUUAGUACCACCAUGGACCCAUGUGUUUCGGCGAAGUGAUCGGUGCAAUGCGGUCUGCUCUGCUCUGUCCACUUUCAUGAUUUGAUUGUAUAAUAGAUAUUUAUAAAACUG